UCCUCUUGCCCUGUCCAUGUUCAUGUGUUAUCAGACACAUGCUUGGGCGGAUGCAAAUAUGUGGCAGGGUGCACAAACAUAUGCACUCGGCUAUAAACAGGAAAUACAGGCUUUCCUUGUGCUCGUGCUGGCACCCAACAGCUUGUUUUUAGUGCAUUACUUUAAGAUUUCACGACGGAUUUGAAUCGUGAUUUCGUGGUGCUGCUGUUGAAACAUCUGUCGGGGAGAAAAUGGCAGCUGGUUCCGGAAGCGACAGGAACAACGAGGAGUGGAUGAAAACUUUACCUGAAGAACUGUGGGACAUUCCUUUAACCAGCCUCGCUAUACCAGGGAGUCAUGAUGCCAUGAGCUACUGUCUGGAUAUCACCUCUCCACUCCUCCGAUCCGAGUCUGACUCCUUUAGACUCCUGGACAGAGUUUUCUACUGUUUUACCCGCCCCAUCAUUUACAAAUGGGCUACUACCCAGGUAAAAAAUAUCAUACAGCAACUACAAGCUGGUGUCCGAUACUUUGACCUUCGAAUUGCCCACAAACAGAAUGACAUGUCACCUGACCUUUACUUCACUCAUGUGAUCUACACCCAAGUGACAGUUGUGGACACUCUGAACACCGUCGCCGCAUGGCUCUCGGCGCACCCCAAAGAGGUCAUCAUCCUCAGCUGCAGUCAUUUUGAGGGCUUGAGUGAAGAUCUGCACGAGGAAUUUAUUUAUUCGCUCAAGAAGAUCUUUGGCUCUAAACUGUGUCCUUCUAAAGCUGAUGUAACCCUACGAGGCUUGUGGUCAUCAGGAUAUCAGGUGGUGCUGUCAUACGAGGACCAGACAGCAGAACAUCAUAAAGAGCUGUGGCCUGCAAUCCCAUACUGGUGGGCGAACACGGCCAAGGCCGAGGAACUGCUCCAAUAUCUCGACUCGCAGAAACAUCUCAGUCGUCCAGACGGCUUCUUCGUCACAGGCCUGAACUUGACCGCAGACCGAUGCUUCAUCGCCUCCAACCCGCACAUCUCCCUGCGGACUUUAACCACGGAUCAUUGGGAGUGUGUGAGGAGAUGGUUGGAGAAGCAGAAACCCGGUGCUGACUCGACAAGCCUCAACAUCAUCGCAGGAGAUUUUAUAGGGUCGAAUCCUCUGUGCUCCAUCAUCAUCGCUCUGAAUAAAAAACUGCUCAAGCACAGAGAGCCUUAAAGGUGGACGGGUGAAGUGUUCAAUCUGCCUCGGUGGAGGAAUUUCGCUCAGUAAACUUUUACAGGAACAGAGACUCGGUUACUUUUGUACAAUUUUAUUUACUUGGUUUAUACAGUGUGUGAUAUAUGAAAACUUUUCAUAAAUAAAUAUUUACCUAGUGUCAGAAAGAGGACAAACACACGCCUCAGGGGUGUGUGUGUGUGGUGUUAUGCCGCGUGAGCAGGAACAGCUUCCUAUAGCGUCCGUAUGCUGCGGCGCUGAUCACCACCUUGACGUUGGCCGUACAGUCGUCAUCUCCAUCAUGCACUUCCUGAACCGUGGCUUCCUUAUACAGCCACCUGCGUACACACACACACAUCAUUCUGACGUUAUUAAAGGGACGAUGCGUGAUCUAUCCGCCGCCGUCGAUAGGUAGGGUGUGUGAUUUGCCUGCACUGAGAAAACGUAUUUACUCCAAACUCACUUGUGUUAUAAGUCUAACCAUACGUUCAUGUUAACCAGCAACAAAUAUCCAUUCAUUUAAUCUGAAUUUCUCAAUUCCCAGCAUAUUAGACGUCAAAUCCGAAUGAUGGGCUUGAAUGAUUCUGAGAACCAAUCAUGUCUGACUUUCCUCCAGUUCCCUGCUCACAACUUUAGUUCCUGCUUCCUGCAAAAAACGAAGAAAAAACAAAACUUAUCGCUAUGGUUUAAUCUUAUUGUCACAUAACCUUUCACUAAAUGUGUUUAUAUUGCGAUGGCGAUGCAUCGGUCACCUCAGGCUGCUGCCGCAAAGCCAAAGCAGUCUAAGAUUUCUGCGUUUUUCUCCCUUGGCACCGUCGACCACCCUGAGCGGUUUGAGCCAGUGAAGGUGGAGGAGGCUCAGGACACUGAUGUGACGUACGGUACAGAGCUGUAGUCUAAGGAGUUGACAAAUGCUGCAUGUUGCCAGUCUUGUUUUUUGAUGUUAGGCCAUGACUUAUGUGGUAACUAACUAUAGUCAGCUUCGCUUCUAGACCAGGGAUGAGCACAGUAGGGGGAAAAAAAAAAAAACCACUCUUUUCAAGGCUGUAACUUGUAUUAAUCUUAACCAAAGUGACUAGAUCCAUCACAAGUUUCAGUCUUCAUCAGUAGAUGCUGAAAAUGCUGACCCACAUAUUUCAUGAUAUUUCAGUGAAUCCAGGUAGAAGGGCUAUUUGAACUCUUGACUACAUCUCUUUCCGUCCUGGUUGACAACACUGAGGCUGAAAGGUUCUUCAGCUGUAGCAACAGAAUAAAGGUCAGCCUCUGCAACCAACUUAGUACUCAACCGCCUUGUUCGUCUAAGCUAUACCAUUGAGGACUUCCCAUUUGAGGAAGCUACAGAACUUUUCAUGCAACCUCAUCUGAGGUGUGUGUGAAAUCUCACGCUCAACGUGUCCAUGUAAAGGUUAGCUUCUGUGGUUCGGACAGCCGUUACCGAUUUACCACACCAUGCUAAUCAGGACUGAGCAUUGCAAAAUUACGCACAAAGGCCACAUCAUGUGCUAUAAAAUAAAGAAUUUUCUUGAAACGAUUUGAGUCGACCAAUUCCUUUUUCAGAAAUUCACUACCGAAAACACUAUUUUAAGAGCUUCUCCCAACUGCUUUUUCAUGCCAAGGUUGCACCAGAGGGCCCCAAAUUUUAGGGAUGGGUAGCACGAGAAUUUUUGUAUCGUGAUACAUGAUCAGCGUAUCAUGAUGUUUUAGUGUAAGAAUGGCAUUUCUUUUCUUUAAGCAAAACAAUUAAGGAAACAAAUGUAAUCAUUAUUAAACACACUGCAAAAAAUGGCCUUUCAAAAAUAAGAAAUAAAAGAUUAAAACAAAGCAUAUUUGCUUGAAUCAGGUGAAAAAAAUCUGCCAAUGGAACUAGUCAAAUUUGACUUGGUAAGAUUUCUUAAAGUAAGAUGAAAAAUCUAACCUGUUUUUAGAUGAAAUAAUUCCAAAAUAAGAUCGGGGAACUUACUAUGCGAGAUCUGAUUAACUCAAAAUAAUCAAAAUAGUUCUUAUAACAAGAUCGCACUUCUUACAUUUAGCCAUUCAAGUCAUUUUUAUUUAUUUCAUUUUAAGGGUAUUUCACUUAAAUUCAUGACAAAGUCUUAGCAGUAAAAACUGAAUUUAAGAUAAAUAUACUGCACAGCAGCUUAUGGAAACAAUCACAACCGAAAUGAAUAAAUUAAAAAGGUGGUUUAUUGUAAACAAAUUGUCAUUGAAUUUGAGUAAAACAAAGAUUAUGUUAUUUGGAAAAUAUAAGUCGAACCCUCAAGUUGAAUUGAAAAUUGACAACAUAACCAUAGAAAGAGUUUAUGAAAUAAAAUUUCUGGGUGUGAUUGUUGAUCAUAAAAUCUGCUGGAAACCGCAUAUUAAUCAUGUUAAAGCAAAAAUAGCAAAGAUUACUGCAAUUUUGGGGAAAUCAAGACACAUUCUGGACUAUAAAUCACUACAUACUCUGUAUAAUGCACUCAUAUUUCCAUAUCUGAGCUACUGUGUGGAGAUAUGGGGUAAUACCUACAAAUCUAACCUGCAGCCGUUAUCCACAUUACAAAAAAGAGCAAUAAGAAUCGUCAAUAAUACGGGAGAUCUUGAGCAUACAAACGCAUUAUUCGUAAAAGCAAACACUCUGAAAUUCACGGAUCUGGUUAAACACAAGACUGCACAAAUUAUGUAUAAAGCAAGACAUAACCUUCUUCCGGGUGAGGUACAAAAUACGUUUAUGGAAAGGCAGGGUGGGUAUAACCUGAGAGGGGAAAUGAAUUUUAAGAGAGUAAAUGUUAGAACAACUAUGAAAAGUAUGUGCAUAACAGUCUGUGGGGUGAAAUUGUGGAAUGGUCUGGAUAAUGAGCUCAAAAAUAGCACCAACAUAAAACUGUUUAAAAAAUUAUAUAAAAACAUGUUACUAAAAAUAUAUAUGAGAAUGAGGACAGGCAGACUAUAUAGGUGAUGAUGAAAUUGAGAGCAAGUCUGUGACUGGUCUUCUUGUAUUUUGUAUAUAGUUAUAGGUAAGUGUAUAUGUAUGUUCUGUAUAUAUGUAUUGUACGUGUGUAUAUAUGCAUAACAUAAGUAUCUGUAUAUAUGAUUUGAUUUGGUCGAUAUUAUACCAUGUCGGUAUGUCUUGGUAUGUUGGUAUGUUUUCUUUUUGUUUGUUGCUUUUGUAUAUAUAGUUUAUUAUGGUGGAAAGUGACAUUUGAUUAGCGGUGGUAUAGAGGGUUAGGAUUGGAUAAGUUAUUACUUCUUCCUAAUCCUUUCCGAACAUUAUUGUGUUACUGCCUUGUGGCUACGCUAUUCUGUUUGUUUAUGACGAUGUUUUGAUUAUUAUAUUUUUUAUUUAAUUUUUUUUUAUAUCUUCUUUAUUGUUCAGAAUAAAGUAAUCAAUCAAUCAA